AUACUUUCUCAGAACACAGGAGACGAAGUGUGAAACUUAAAGCAUAAUUUAAGGGUAUUUCGUUUAGUGUUUAGAGUUAAUACUCUCAAUGUUCUGGAAACAGAAGAAAAGUAUGUUGCAGGUAUUAGCAUAUUCCAUUUUUUUCUACGGUCAACUAACAAUUAAAAAAAGAGAGUUCAAAGCCACUCUUGUAUCUGUGACUAACUCUUCUUUGACUUGGUCCUUCACAACCUUCCCCCACGGCCGUGCCAACGAAACACUCACAUAUAAAAGUAUUAGGAAACCUUUUAAACAAUCGAAGCCCUUCAGAAUCUAAACCCUCAAAGUGAAUAUUCAAAUGCACGUGUCCUAGUUCAUUUGAUUCGAGUGUUAGAUAGAUCAUUCGGUAUCGUGUUUUUUGUCUUCGCCACGUUGAAUAUUCGUAUUUUCUGUUUUUCAUUUUUCCUUCUCCAUCUCCAACUUGUUUUUCCUCUCUAGACAAGAACACACUUUCCAGAAGAUAAAAUCUUAUCAUGUACAAUCUCCUCAAUUCUUUUCUGUUUUUUUUCUUCCUCUUUUCCUUAUUUCACCAUCUUCCUUGUGCUCUAAGUCAACAAGAGCAUACGUUAUGUGAGACUAUGUUUCACUGUGGGAACAUCACAGCUGGUUUCCCCUUCUCAGGUGGGAACCGUCACGAAAGUUGCGGUCAUUCAUUGCUCAAGCUUCGCUGCAGCAAAAACACAACGUCUUUAAUCAUCUCAAACCAUCCGUACGAGGUUCUCCACAUAGAUGAAGCAUCUAAAACUCUUAGACUUGCCAUAGCAGAUCUUCGAGAUUCUUUUUGCAACGCUACAUUCGCAGAUGCAACCUUGCCUCCCGAAAUAUUUGAGCUUUCGCAGAUGUACAAGAACCUCACUGUUUUCCACCACUGCGACUCUAAGUUUCCUUACCGUUCGAGUUAUACAUGUCCUGGUAUAGGUCCUAUCGUAGUGUCUGAAACCCGUGACCGUGAUUUUCAUGACUCCUGCGGUGAAUGUUUCACAGUUAUCGUUCCUAAGAGCUUUGUUCCGGAAGAGAAAGAGUUGAACAUGACUAAUUUGGAAAGUGUUUUAAGUAAAGGAUUUGAGGUGAAGGUGAAGAAGAUUGAUGAGAAAGCGUGUCAAGAAUGUUCAUCCAAUCAUGGAACCCAUCAACCUAGUGGUAUGUUUCUUAUAUAACCUCAUCGUUUCAUAGUCAUCUCCUUUAUUAAUUAUACGGGUUAAGACCCGCGCCUUACGCGGGAUAAACAUUAUAUAUAUAAAUUAUUUUAUAUAUUAUAUGUUUAUAACAUAUUAUGAAAUAAUAAAUAUAUAUUGAAUAAUUAAAAAGUCAUUAUCUACUACUUAUAUAAUUAAAU